AAGUCGCGACUCCAAGUCGAGCGCUUCGCAAUUCGCUUAAUAUUUUUUUGCUUUCUGUUUUUCGCUUAUAUUUCGUUAUUGUUAUUGUUAUGCAUCAGUUUUUGCUGCCAAUUCAAUUUGAUAAGCGGCAAAUAGCAAUUGACGUGCGUGUCUGUGUGUGUGCCUGAGUAUAUAUAUGCUUCCACCUCUAGUCUGCCGCUCUCUCCUUCGAUCACUCAAUUCGCUCCGAUUGCAUAAAAAAAGUAAAGCGAAUUAAUUUCCUGAUUGCAGAAGUCAAGUUGCAUAAAUUGUCAAAUGCGGCGCAGCAGGAAACGAAUUACAAAAAUAAACUAUAAAAUAAGAUUAAUCAUUUGCACAUAUUUUCUGGCGUUUCUAUUUGCAUUUGCAUUUGCGACAAUUUUUUGAACAUUUUUAAGAUACAAAAAUGUAUUUCAAGGCUGGCUGUUACACUCACACACACACACAGUCACCUUUUCAGAGAACUUUCUCGUGUGGCGAAUUCAAAUUCAAAUGACUGCAAUCUGUUUGCGACUAAUGCAAAUCCAAAACCCACUUAUGAUACAUUUUAAAAAUAAAUACAAAAAUUCGUAUAUGCAAAAUGUUCUCUAUUCAACGGAAAAAGUAUACAAAAAGAUAAUGCAAAUUAUGGAGAGAUUUACAAUAUCUGCAUUGUUGUUUUUGUUGUGCGUGCAAUAAAUGCAAUCUUAUUGGCAUUCUAAUUGGACAUACCCAGUGUACACCCAGCUUAAUCUGUCUCAACUGCAUUGGCGGCUUAUCCAGCGCACAAGCGAAUUGGACUUUAACGAAGACUACAACAACUACAAAGGGCGAUAAGUGCGCAAGUGUAGCCGACUGAACUUAACGUACGAGCGCAUAUCAUAAAGGGAGAUAAUCGAGAGCGCCAAGGGAACAAAGAGAGAGUGCGUGAGAGAGCGCGAGAGAGAGAGAGAGCGGACAUUGUGAGCGGGCGCAGCUUGAUAAACAUUUUAGUUCGACUGUUCGUUCAGUUAAGUUUAAGACGAGCAACCGACAAGAACAUGAUCAACGAUCCGCGAGAUCGCUGGCUGCGUUGUCAACGAAAAUAAAAGCGAACAAUUAAAAAUUAUAAAAUAACUAAAUAGGCAGCCUUGUGCGGAUAUCAGAUGACACUCAAAGAUAAAAAUAAUUUUGCCAACAAUUGGAAUAUGUUUCGCUUGAUGCAUAAAUAGCAGUACUUAACGAAAUGUGUGUUUGUGUGGGUGCGAAAGAGAGAGGACUUGCAUAUAUUGGAAUAUGUUUCAUUAUGCAUAAAUAACAGCUGAUUACAUUUAACAAAAGUUGAGUGUUGAAAGAGUCGCUUAUCAAACACUAAAAAAAAACGAUAGCCGCAGUAAAAAAGGAAGAAAGAUAAGCAAACAAUUUUUGCCGAGCAAAAAACAUAAAAUCGAAAGAAAAAAUUGUGAUAAAAAUAAUAACAACAACAAGAACAGCAGUUAUGACAGAUUACGAGUUGUAUUUGGAAGCAGCGUGGCAAUGGCUGAGCUACUUGCCACAUGUGCUGAUCAUCUACGUGCUGCUCACACUGCUGCCCAAAUCCCUGAGGCGCAUCAAGCGAUUUGCGGAUGCCGACUUUGAGGCAAAUCGUUUGCGAUUUCAUCGUUGCUACGGACCCGAUCUCUGUUGCCACGCCCAUAAGGAGGAGCUGGAUAAGGAGGCGCCUCUCAAGCAGAAGCAACGCAAACCCGUCACAAGAGUUUACCCCAAGCGACAACAGCCAGAGGCAAAUUCAGCUCCGUGCCACAACUCCACAACACCAAUAAAAAUCAGCAGCAGCAGCAAUGUGACGAAAAUUGCGCGCAUGUUUGAGGCAGGGGGAAAUGCGGGUGGCAAGCGGCAAGUGAGUCGUGUGGCGCCUGAGCUACGCAUGUUUGGUGGCGCCUCCAACGACGGCUCCACUGAGUCAACGCCUUGUGCGUCGCGCAAGAGCAGCAUUGCCACACAGCUGACGGCGCAGUUGCAGCACAUUGAGCACGCCAUGCAACUGUGGCAAGAACUUGAAGAGGAGCAGCAGCAACAACAGCAGCAGCAAUCCAAGCUCAACGAUUGGAAACCUGUGCCGACCAUAAGGCAACCUUGCAACGGCGGCACAUCGGCCACGCCCUCGACAGCUUCGCCCCUCUGCAGCUCGCCGGAGCUCACCUCCCCCGUGCAGCUGCGGCAGCCACCCGCUUUGUGCCUCAAUUCGAGCAUCGAGGAUAUUUUCCAGGCCAUCGCACGUAGCGCCGAGGAGCCCGGGGAUAUCAACUGGCGCCAUUUGGCGCCUGUCACCUGCAUCGAUGAUAUACUCUCGGAGCGGAGAUUCUCGCGUCCCUUGUCCGCCUAUUCCAUCACGGAUUUGCUCAAGGAGGAGCAGGAGACGCUCUGCCUGAAUGAGACGAAAUUGCAACUGCCACUUGCUACAAGUUGAGAGUGGAUAUUCCUUAGUCAGCUAAUCAGUUGUUCAGUUGGUCAGUUAGUCAGUUUGACAUAUUUCUCAGCCUAGCUUUCAACUUGCCACCGUUUUGCAGAGUGACUCAAGUUGCCACAAGUUGUAAAUACUUGCUUGCAACAUGCCACGCCCCUACUUAUAUCUGAUCUGCACCCCUUCUGAUUCUGCCUAUCAUCUGUCACUUGCGUUUUGUUUGUUUAAUUGACUUGAAAACUUAAACAAAUUGAAAUAGCGCCUAAAAGUGUUGCCAGCUUUAUUUAAACUAUUUUUUUGUGUCUACAAAAAAUAUAAACACAUAUUUAAAGGCCAGGAUGCCUUGCUUCGAACCUAGUCCCUCAUUUCUCAACCGAAUGUAAAAUGAUGUUUUUUAUUUUUGUACUUAUACUUUAAAUAGCCGGAAGGCAAAUGAUUUAAAAUAAUAACAAACAUUAUUAAAAACCAA